AUAUGAAAAACUAUAUGAUUAUCUUGAACAUCGUGACUCUGAUAUUACUCUAGUCAUUUCAAUAAGAAAUGGAAAAUGUACAAUGUAGCACAAAUGAGAAUUCUUGUAUGUAUCGUUUAUAGAAUAGAAGAUAAUACGCCACAAAUCUGCAAUGGCGGCGUAUGACCUCUAGAAUAUUCCAGGUAAAGAAGUGUAGUUUCUGUUUGAGCCACUAAGAAGAAGAUUGCAUAUACUUAACGUUUCUCGGCAGGUCAAAAUAAUUUUGAUUGGUAAACUAUUUCAUUCUCGGUUUUUAUAUUUAAUCGAUCAAUACAAAAAGGUUUCAGUGCGUUACAUAUUUCGAAUUGGAACUAACAAAAAUACUAGUUUACGUUGAUUGUGUAUCUUUUAACCCCAAACAAAAAAAAAAAAAAACAAAUAUGCGGGAUAUACAUAAUUGUGUGUCUUAUCAGCUCUAUAGUUACCGCACAACCAAUACACUAGAUAUACAUUAAUUAUUUAUCUGAUCAGCUCUAUUGUUACCGCACAAACAUACACAUUAAUUAUGUAUAUUAUCUGCUUCUUGGUAACCUCACACAUACUCCAGCACAGAGAAUACGACACAAUGUACUACCUGAGUAUACGAAAAACUAUAUAUCUAGAACAUCGUGACUCUAAUAUUACUCUAGUCAUUACAAUAAGAAAUAAUACAUGUACAAUGUAGCCCAGAUGAGAAUUCCGGUAUGUAUCGUUUAUAAAAUAGAAGAUAAAUGCGGCACAGACCUGCAAUGGCGGUGUAGGUUCCAGACGGAACAAUCAUACGGAGAUGUCUUUAAUCGUCGGAACACAAGUCACGACGAACAGGGGGACCAAACCAAUGGCACUACAUGUAUAACUCCUUUUACAACUGACCUAAAACCAAAAGAUACCUGGGUUGAACCCGACAUGGCGCUAGACCAGUGUGUGUCCUCCGAUACAAUAUAUAACGAAGAUGUCGUGAUCAGUGUUGUUGAUAAAAUUACACAGGAGGAAAAUGUCGAGACAGCCACUUUGAAGAGUUUGGUAACGUACAUUGGAGUUUCGUCCAAGAAACCAACAAGCAGCCCCUCCGCUGGUUAUUCGAGACAACAGUACAGACCCUCCAUCAUAUUGGUUAACGGUGAAUAGGUGAACUUGAACAAACAGCCCUGCAUAUUGAUCAGAUUUAAGCACAGGAUGGCACGUGUGUUCCUUCGAUUGAACCGCUGGUACGAGGAAGUUAUGCUUGAUCUGGUCAUGUUGCACGCGCAGAGACAAGCCAAUAAGAAAAGAGAAAAGGGACUACGUCAGCAAAAUGUGUAGCCGCGACGCACCAUGUGACCAGUCGUACAACAAAUCAGGUGAAAGAGCAAUAUCGGAAUUGCCAAUAUAGGACCACAUCAAAUAUUUCGAGAGUUGAUUUUAUUUUAUUUAUUUUAUUCUUAAUACAGUUUUUUGAAGUUA